GCCGGUUAAUGCUUGAGUCGGCACGUUAUAAAGUCUGUAAGUUGUGCAAUCUUCAGACCUUGCGGCAUUUAUUUGCGUUUGUAUCACCGUGGGCAGGUGGGGAUCGAUGUCUGGAUGUUGGUUGUCUUCCAAAUAAUAAACAGUGGUGUGGAUGAGUUCUUUUUAAAAUGCCUCGACAAUAUAUUUGAAAAUAACGUCGGAACAAUCAGAGACUGUGUUCUGGCAAUCGAGUUAGUUCAGAAUUUAUUGUUGGCUUGCAGACUUCAUCGCUGUCUUACUUAACGGAAAAAGCUAUUUAGGUGAUCCACAAUGUCAACAAGUUUUUGUUUAAGGCCGCUGAUUGGUCGACUGAAAGGAAGGAGUAUAUGUCCACGUUUUUUCUCACAAGAGUCAUGUUCAAAUCAAGAAUUUAUGCAGAAUCGUUAUAACGAACUAAAGGCUCUUAUUUUUGAUGACCAUCAACAGAUUUGCAAUGUUAAUCCUCGUGGACUUUUUGCCAUUAAUCAAAUCAAUUUGGGAGAAAUAAAAGUUUAUGGAUUUGACUAUGAUUAUACUCUCGCUCAUUAUUCUGAUGACAUGCAAACAUUCAUAUAUGACAGAGCAACUGAAAUAUUGCACAAACAGUUCCAUUUUCCCAAAGAGCUUUUGAACUACAAGUACGUUCCAGGGUUCUGUAUUAGAGGUCUUCAUUAUGACAUCCAACGCAGUUUACUCAUGAAAAUAGAUGCUUGUCACGUCAUUCAAUUGGGUUCAGUGUACAGGGGGCUAACACAGCUUAGUGAAGAUGAGGUACUGUCUCUAUUUAAAGGAAGUCGUCAUAUUCCAAAACGUAUCAUGGAUGAAUCUCUCUUUGGAGGAAAUUCUCUCAGACAAUUGCUGGAUAUAUUUUCAAUGCCUGAAAUGAUGUUGCUCACCAAUGUCGUAGAGUAUUUUGUCCAAAAUAAUAUAACUUAUGACCCACAGAUUUUAUUUGAGAGUGUGCAAGCAGCUGUCAAGCAAGUUCAUGUCGGAGGCCAUCUUUUUCAAGAAGUUUAUGGUAAUGUGGAUAAGUAUCUUAAAAAGAAUAGUUUAACUCAUCUGAUUGAUCACUUAACAUCAAAUGGAAGAAAGUUAUUUCUCAUUACCAACAGUAACUUGCAAUUUGUUAAUGUUGGAAUGAAGCAUCUUAUUGGGAAAGAUUGGAGAGAUGCAUUUGAUGUUAUUAUCGUUGAAGCAAAAAAGCCAGGAUUCUUCCAAAAUUACAAGAGGCCAUUUAAAAAGAUCAUAGAAUCAUCUAGAAACGGUAACAAUGGAGAUAAUAACCAUACUGUAUCAUGGGAGAGGGUACAUGAAUUCACCAAAGGCAAUGUAUAUUAUGGAGGUUGUAUACAGGACUUGAUGCAAAUAUCUGGAUGGAGUGGACAUGAGGUAAUAUAUUUCGGAGAUCAAAUCUAUACAGACUUGACAGAUCCAACGUUCACUUAUGGUUGGAGAACAGGUGCCGUUAUACCUGAACUUGAGGAUGAGAUCGGUAUUAUGAAUUCCAAAGAAUUUGGACGUUCUGUAAUUUGGGUUCAAACUUUGGAAAAAUUGCUAGAGAGAAUGCAGUUGUACAGAGAUGCAGAGUCUCGCAUGUUGCUUCGUGACUGGUUGAACGAGAGAAAUAAUUUCAAGAAGCAUAUUAAAGUCAUAUUUAACAAGAGAUUUGGUUCAGUUUUUCGCUCUAAUCUACAAGCCUCGUACUUUUCAUCGAGAAUGUGCCGAAUAGCAGAUAUUUAUACUUCCUCAGUCUGCAAUCUUGCCUACUAUAACACUGAUCAUUUUUUCUUUCCCUUCAGAGGAACACUCCCACACGAGAUUGUUGUAAGCCUAGCCUACCUGCAUGAUGGAUUCGACCUGGCGAUAGAACGUGCUAUUCAGAACAGGAAUCCCUGAGGUCGAAUAAAAUACAUUUUUAAUUGUACACGCCUUGAGUUCAACAUUUUGCUUAUAAAUUUUAAUAACCUGGUUUUAAAAUUUGACAAUUAUUAUUUUAAUAACCGAUUUUACUGCUGUAAUUUUAUAAUUGAUUAUAUGUGCUCUAUUAUAAGCUUUUUAUUUUUUGUGCCAUUGGUUAUGUAUUAUUAUUUGUGUGACUUGUUAAAUAGUGGGGCUACAACAUUAAGACUGUGGCGAUAUAAUAGUACUUUCAUCAUCUCGUUCUGAGUUUCUAUGCACUUAGAUGAAAAUAAUUGUCACUCACUAUACAAUAGAUGUCAAAAUGCUAUACAAUAUUUUUCUGUGCCAAUUUGUUUCGGAAAGAAAAGAAUGUAAGAGUGAAA